AUGUUUUGGAAAAAAAAAUCAAUAGUAGAAGAAGGUGAUGUGGUUAUUAUAUGGCUGACACGGGAACAAGUCCAUCCCAUUGUUAUAGAACGAGGGAAAGUUUUUAAUAAUCAGUUUGGAAGUUAUGCACAUUCAGAUAUGAUCGGAUUACCUUAUGGCUCACAAGUUCCAAGCUCUAAUGGCGUUGGUUAUUUACAUAUUUUAAAACCUACACCAGAGCUUUGGACAAAAGCUUUACCACAUAGAACACAAAUUGUAUAUACACAUGAUAUCAGCUAUGUACAAAGCAAAUUGAGGAUUCAGAGAGGAAUGACUGUAUUAGAAGCAGGGACAGGAAGUGGGAAUAUGACACAUGCACUUGCAAGAGCAGUUGGAGAAACAGGAAGAGUAUUUUCAUAUGAAUAUCAUGCAAAAAGAUAUGAAAAUGCACUUAAUGAAUUCAAGCAAAAUCAGAUUUUGGCACCAGAAGGGCCAGUAAUACUUUCUUAUCAGGAUGUAGUUACCGAUGGAUUUGAAAUUAAAGAGAAGGAAGUAAUUGUCCAUGCAGCCUUUUUUGAUCUUCCAGCGCCGUGGAAGGUUAUUUAUAAACUGAUUCCUCAUUUUUCUAAGGAAAGACAAUCUCGAAUUUGUUGUUUUAAUCCAUGUAUUGAACAAGUACAAAAAACAUUAAAACAUCUUCGAGAAUUUGGAUUUUACGAUAUAGAGCUUUCAGAAAUUAGUCAUUGUGAAUGGAUCGCACGUAAAACAGAACUUAAAGAUAUUUCUGAAGCUGCAGAUCGUAUUCGUGAAGUUCAAGCAAAUAGGAAAAACAAAAAAAGACUUAAUAAUGAAAAUCUUCAACAUACAAAGAGGAUUAAAGAGGGUGAAGAAGGUAGAAACUGGAGAGACGUUGGAAGAAUGGAGAAAAACAUCAAAAAUCAUACAAGCUAUCUUACUUUUGCAACAUGGCUUCCCUUACCUGAAAAUUACCAAACAUAG